AUGGGUUAUGUGCAAUUAGCUUAUGCAAUUAAUUUUACAGAAGAAAAACUGAAGUUGAAUGAGACUAUGUCUUCAGCAGUGGUACAAUUAUAUGCAGCAGAUCGUAACUGUAUGUGGUCAAAGAAGUGCAGUGGUGUCGCUUGUCUUGUUAAGGACAAUCCACAGAGAUCUUAUUUUUUAAGAAUAUUUGAUAUUAAGGAUGGGAAACUAUUGUGGGAGCAAGAGCUAUACAAUAACUUUGUAUAUAAUAGUCCUAGAGGAUAUUUUCAUACCUUUGCUGGAGAUACUUGUCAAGUUGCUCUUAAUUUUGCCAAUGAAGAAGAAGCAAAAAAAUUCCGAAAAGCAGUUACAGACUUGUUGGGCCGGCGACAAAGGAAAUCUGAGAAGAGACGAGACCCCCCAAAUGGUCCUAAUCUACCCAUGGCAACCGUUGACAUAAAAAAUCCAGAAAUCACAACCAAUAGAUUUUAUGGUCCACAAGUCAACAACAUCUCCCAUACCAAAGAAAAGAAAAAAGGAAAAGCUAAAAAGAAGAGAUUAACCAAGGCAGAUAUUGGAACACCAAGCAAUUUCCAGCACAUUGGACAUGUUGGUUGGGAUCCAAAUACUGGCUUUGAUCUGAAUAAUUUGGAUCCAGAAUUGAAGAAUCUUUUUGAUAUGUGUGGAAUCUCAGAGGCACAACUUAAAGACCGAGAAACAUCAAAAGUUAUAUAUGACUUCAUUGAAAAAACAGGAGGUGUAGAAGCUGUUAAAAAUGAACUACGAAGGCAAGCACCACCUCCUCCACCACCAUCUAGGGGAGGGCCGCCUCCCCCUCCGCCCCCUCCGCAUAGCUCAGGCCCUCCCCCACCUCCUGCCCGGGGGAGAGGCGCUCCUCCUCCACCACCGUCUAGAGCUCCCACAGCUGCACCUCCACCACCGCCUCCGUCCAGGCCAGGUGUAGGAGUCCCUCCACCGCCGCCAAAUAGGAUGUACCCUCCUCCACCUCCAGCCCUGCCCUCCUCAGCACCAGCAGGGCCUCCGCCACCACCUCCGCCUCUGUCGUUGGCGGGGUCAGCAGCACCGCCCCCGCCCCCACCCCCGCCCCCCCCACCGGGGCCGCCACCUCCCCCUGGCCUCCCUUCUGAUGGUGACCAUCAAGUUCCAACUCCUGCAGGAAACAAAGCAGCUCUUUUAGAUCAAAUUAGAGAGGGUGCUCAGCUAAAAAAAGUGGAACAAAACAGUCGACCGGUAUCCUGUUCUGGAAGGGAUGCACUUUUAGACCAGAUACGACAGGGUAUUCAGCUGAAAUCUGUAUCUGAUGGCCAAGAGUCUACACCACCAACACCUGCACCCACUUCAGGAAUUGUGGGUGCAUUAAUGGAAGUGAUGCAGAAAAGGAGCAAAGCCAUUCAUUCUUCAGAUGAAGAUGAGGAUGAAGAUGACGAAGAAGAUUUUGAGGAUGAUGAUGAAUGGGAAGACUGAUCUAUAUAUUAUAUAUAUAUAUUUUUAAGGUGAAAUACUAAACACUACUUUCUGUCUAUGGAUUCUGUAAAAUUAUCAUGUAAAUGUUCUACCAAUUUGCUGUAUAUUUUUGUUGCCUUUUUUGCUUUUUUUUAAUUAAUCUGUGCAAUACCUCAUUUAAUCUGUAAAGGUUUGUCAAAAUCCUCUACAAAGCUACUCCCUUUUAUUGUGUGCAAGUUUACACCAGGAUGCUCACUUAAUUUGUGAAUAUUUUUCAUUCCAUCAACAAGGGAGUUUAAAUAUUAUAUGUGAGACUGACAAAAACCUUAAUGUAAUUUAGUUAUAAUGCCAGAAGGAAAAACACUAUUUUCAUACCCUACUUUUUCUGUACCUAAAUUUUCUUAUUAAAAUCUAGUAUAGCACUACAUUCUUUUUUAAGUGAUACAGACCUUAGUUUAUUUAGCCCCUUCAUUUUGAACACCAUGCUACAUGAAUGUUGAAGCUGACACAUUGCACAGUUCUCUAGACAUCACUACACUGAUGCAGUUUCUCAAGUUGUAGCAGUAUGCUCUGCAUAAUGUCACUACAGAGACGCUAGUUGGGAAAAUCAGUAACACACCUCUUGUAACAGUAUUGCCUGUUCUUGUACAGAAGUGGUAUUUGGAGGCUGGAAUCAUAAGGAGACCUUGCAUACCUGUACUUGACUGAGAUUAUUUUUAUGCUAUAGCAAAUGUGUCAGGCUCUUUUUAGCAAAAAUUUAAAAAUAUUUUUGGUAUUACUCUUAAACAGUAGUUUAAGUUUUUGCAGUUUGGGGGAUUCUAGGGCUAAUAUUCUACAUGAACUGAAGGAGGCUAUACAUUAUGGUUACUUCAGUAUCUAGUUAAAUACACUAUAAAAAUCAGAACAUUAUAAAAAUGAUGUGGAAUUAUUUUUAUUGUGUAGUCUGUAUGGAUUGAGGUAUUCAGAAAUACCAGCCAUACAAAUCGAAUCUAGCUGGCAAAGGUAAACGCUGUAAUGCUGAACCUCUUACGCUAUUUAAAAUUUUUUUUUAUAAUUUCUCAAGGUUUUUGUCAAAUGUCAGGUGAAGGGUUACAUUUUUCUUAAAAGAUUGGUGGUCCCAGUGUCAUAUUUCUUGAAACACAUAACUGAAUGAUAGAUUCUUUUUUUUAAAUAAAACUUUACAACCUGCACAUUUGUUAUGUAUACUAAAUGAUGUGUUAAAAUUAGGGUUUCCUUGCCUCUCUACAAUACACUAAUCUGCCUAAAGGUGGUUGUUUUCAUAUUUAUAGUGCUAAUUAUCAUACCUACCUACUUUAAAUUUUAGGUAGGAAAAUGAUCUGAUUUAAAUACAGACACGUAUUUUUCUCACAUUGAGUCAUAUGCAGAAUGUAGUUCCAAAUGUAUUUCAGUACUAUAAUCACAAUAUCCAACUAAAAAUUAAGCUCUCUAGAAUUGUACCGACCAAAAUCUAGUAUUUGGCAUGAUCUUGACAGGCUGGACCUGCAAGAUAUGGCUUGAAUUUUAACCAGUUAUCACAUAAUCUCUAAUGAUCAUGCAUCUAGUUAUCAUAAAUAAUUUAAAAGGUUUUGUUGCUGAAAGCAGUAAGUGGUGCAGUAAGAUAGUUAAGUUAUUCAAAGAAUGUUACCUUUCUUGCAAGAGUAAUUUAAACACAUGGGAAAGAUUCUAGACUUUUUUUUUUCUUGCAAAAACAGUGCCCUCUGCUGCUAGAAACCUUUUUCUGCUUACUCUCAUUUUUAUCGUGGCUUGAGCUCAGUGACACUUGAGUCUGGUGUGGAUGAGGCUGGACAACUACUAACCAAUAGAGUUAGGAAUUUGUGCAAAUGGUAAAUAGAACAUUAUAAUUAUUUUAAGUAAUAUUAAGCAUCCUCCUUUUUUUUCAUUUGACAUCAUAAAAAACAUUUUAAAUAUCCUAGAAAUGUCUUUAAGGUAAUGCCAGUUUAAGAUCUCUCUUAACUUUUGGCCAAGGAAUUCAGGGUUUUCCAGCUAACUUCGGUAUGAUAUUUAUCAGGAGCUGCUCUGAAUAAAAGGAUAUCAAUUCUUUGAGUUGGAAACAAUUUUAAACAUGUAAUAUGAGUAUAAAAUUUGCCAAAGGUAAUUGAGUUUAUUCUUCUUGAGGAAAAAAAGGCUUUCUGUUAUUGUUGUUGCACAAAGUCUAAAUUACUAUUGGUUGAAACACAGCAGCUGUGGAGUUCAGUCCAGGCAUGAAGACUAAGUCCACUGUAGAUGUAAAGGUUGCAUGUUUCGGUCCUCCACCACCUUGCACUGUGGGCAGCACUGUACCUGUGCGUUGUCUGAAAGCCUCCCAUAUAUUCUGCAGCUAAAUGAUUGUCUGAUAGCCUUCGCAUUUAACAAACAGCAUGAGGCUUUUUAUAUGCUACGUGAUAGACAAUUUCAGCUAGCCACAUAUUGUAUGUGUGAGAUUCAUAAAGACUUUUCAAUCAUUCGUUUCCAUUUAUCAACUGAAAUUUUGUUUAGUAUGUGAAUUUUUUUGAAAUGUAUAGUGAUAGGAUGUUGCACUGGUGGCAAUUCAUCAUGGAGCAUAAUAAAAUUAAUUUGACCCAAAUAGGCUAAAA